AUGGCGACGGUGCUCCCGCUGGGAAGCUUGUACGCCCUCUUUGAUGCCAAGUGGGUUUAUAUCGGCUCGACUAUCAUCUUCAUGGCAGCAUCUGCGCUGUGUGGCGCUGCCCCCAAUAUGAAAGCGGAGAUCGUGGGACGCGUCUUUGCCGGUGCCGGUGGAAAUGGCAUGUACUUUGGUCUGCUUUCGAUCAUUUCGCUGAACACGACAAACCGCGAGAGACCCGGGUAUCUUAGCUUGACCGGUCUCGUUUGGGGCGUAGGAACCGUUUUGGGCCCCGUUAUUGGGGGCGGCUUCGAACUAUACACCUGGCGCUGGGCCUUCUACAUCAACCUACUGUUUGGUGCUGUCCUUCUGCCCGUCUAUGUGUUUAUCCUUCCGUCAAACAACCCGGCCCCUGCUCGGACCAGGUGGCAGAAGUUAGCCACCUUUGACUGGGUCGGUGCCGUCCUCAGCGUGAGCGCCUGUGUCACGCUUGUGAUGGGCAUCAACUUCGGAGGCACCCUCUAUCCCUGGCGGAGCGGUCGCACAAUCGGGCUAUUUGUGGCGACCGGGGUGCUCUGGAUCGCGUUUGUUCUCCAGCAGGCCUUCACAGUUUUCACUACGAAGGAAACGCGUAUGUUGCCCAUUCAUCUGUAUCUACAGAAGGAGCCCCUGCUGCUCUUUGUGGCAUGCACAGCGGUGGGUGCUGUUUCCUACACCAGCGUCUACUAUAUCCCUCUCUACUUCCAAUUCACUCGUGGUGAUACGGCAAUGGAGGCGGCCGCUCGGCAGUUGCCUUUCAUCGCUUUCCUCAUCACUGCCAUCCCCGCCAGUGGGUUGUAUAUGUCGCGGAUUGGAUAUUAUAAGCCGUGCUAUGUGGGAGGGGCAAUUGUGGCUCUACUUGCGGCGGUGAUGAUGGCCACGAUUGUCCACGUCGACACACCGCCCCGAAUCCUCUAUGGUCUGGAGAUCCUUCUCGGCUCAGGGGCCGGCGCCUACACGAUGGCCUCCUUCGCGGUCAUCCAGGCCGUGGUCGCGCCGUCCGAAGCGGCGAACGGAUUAUCUCUGAUGCUUCUAGCACAACUAGGCGGCCUCACUCUCGGGCUGUCAGUCGGAGGGGCCGUCUUCGUCAACGUCGCCUCCGAAGGGCUGUACCGCAUCCUCCCCAGUACCCCCCGAGACCAAGUGCAGCAGAUGGUAUCGGGAACUAGCGGGGAUCUCAUCAAAUCAUUAUCGUCCGACAUGCGCCAUAGGGUGUUGGAAGUGAUUGUAUCUGCAUGGAACGACGUUUUCACGUGUGUCUAUGUUGGGGCUGCGGUUAGUCUUGCGUGUGCUCUAUUUUUAUCGUAUAAAAGGGCCAAUGUAUCUGCGUCGGCCGGUGGGGCUUGA